AUGGCGCAGGUGUUCGACCUAAUGCAGAAGCAGAUCGUCAAGACCAACGUCGGCACGUUCGCCACCAUCUUCAGCGGCGUCGGCGUCCAGGGCGGGCUCCGCAGCGCGCCCGUGGCUCUGCCUGUGAUGAGGGAGGCGGGGAUGUCCCUCAACGCCUACACGUACAAUGGCUUGAUCUACUUCCUCGUCAAGUCCGGCUUCGACGCUGAGGCCAUGGAAGUUUACAAGGCGAUGGUGGAGGACGGCAUCUCGCCGAGCGUGAGGACCUACUCCGUGCUCAUGGUGGCGUUCGGGAAGAAGAGGGAUGUCGACACGGUUCUCUGGUUGCUGAGCGAGAUGGAGGCCCGCGGCGUCAAGCCAAAUGUGUAUAGCUACACCAUCUGCAUUCGGGUUCUUGGGGAGGCCGCGAGGUUUGACGAGGCGUAUCAGAUUCUUGGAAAGAUGGAGGAUUCAGGGUGCAAACCAGAUGUCGUCACGCAUACUGUGGUUAUACAGGUUCUCUGUGAUGCUGGUCGGCUCAGUGACGCCAAGGAUGUGUUUUGGAAGAUGAAAGCGAGUGAUCAGAAACCUGAUCGUGUCACUUACAUCACUCUCUUAGACAAGUGUGGUGACAGUGGUGACUCACAUUCAGUUGUCGAAAUUUGGAAUGCAAUGGUAGCUGAUGGGUAUAACGACAAUAUUGUUUCUUAUACCGCAGUUGUGGAUGCAUUAUGCCAAGUUGGGAGGCUUGAUGAAGCUUUGGCUGUGUUUGAUGAGAUGAAGGAAAAGGGUAUAUCGCCUGAGCAGUAUUCAUUAACUCCUUAA